CUACCCUUCGUGAUCUACCGUAUGGUGAUAUGCCUGUUCCAGGUGGUAGCGUUCAUCUACUGCCUGUUGUCGUUUUACACCACUGGCCCCAAAUAUCUGCUAUACCUGACGAAUCUGGCCUACGUACUCCUCACAGCUCACACGACGUUCAGUGCGGCACUCUGUGUUGUUGACUACUUCAAGUCGCGACGUCACUCCCGAGGUUGUACGGAAAUUGCCGAAGACCGACCGACGGUUGUCGAGACCGUGCCGACGGAAACCGACGACUUUCUGAACUCGUCCGGCAACAACCCAUCUGGCAUGACCACGCAGGAGCGGACAGCGUCAGAUGUGCGUCUUCCCUGGUAUUACAAGUGCUAUUGGGUCCUGUACAGCAUCGCUUUCGCCGUCGGCCUGUACGUUACUAUUGCGUACUGGAUACUACUCAGAGGUGCUGACGACACGUAUAGCGCUUACAGUAUCCUCACCCACGGCAUCAACUGCGUUGUUAUAGUGAUAGACAUUCUCGUCAGUGGGCUGCCAUGCCGAUUUCUCCAUUUCAUCUACCCGUCAAGCUCUGCGCUGGCGUACAUUAUUUUCACUGUAAUUUACUGGGCCGCGGGUGGCACGGACCUUAUAAACAGGCCGUGGAUUUAUUCUGUUCUUGACUAUGGACAAAAUCCCGGUCUAGCAGUUGGAAUCGGCAUGGGGAGUAUUGUGAUAAUGGCGCCUCUUUGCCAUGGAAUCGUGUUCGGUCUCGCCUUUGCUCGCGAUACUAUGCUAAUGAGGGUGGUGAACAAGCGUCAUCUGCCGGAGAGUGAAUGCAUGACGGCGGAACCUCAGGCGGAAGAGCGCGUCUAACAUGACGACAACGGCUGUAAAAAUUGUAUGAUGUAUGUGUUGAAUCCCUAUUGUUCAUGGUUCAAAAGUGCUGACAAGACCACUGUAGUUUGACUCUAUGUAUAUAUAUUUACGAGUUUGGUGCACGUAUGUUUCAUCAUUAACUUAUAACAACUUUGUAGUCGAAAUGACGACGAAACUCAUGGAUGAUAUGCGAAGGUUAAAAUACGAAAGAUUUUAGACAUAUAUCAUACGGACACUCUUGAUUCCUGCAAAAUGGGUUGUUUUCAGUUAAUGAAUUAUUCGAAUUCAGUAAAUAGGAAGCAUGUGAGCACAGAUCACAUUAGUUAACAAGAGUUCGGAGACCGCAUAUCUCCAUGAAAUAGUCUGAUUAUGUAAACAACUUCCACAUUUACUUAAUAUAUGCUUGGUUAUGUACACCUUUGAAUAACUUACGCUUGUCAAGAUGUUGAUUGUCCAAUAACUUACCACCAAGAAGCAAAAUGCGAAUAUUUUACAUCAUAUAUGCAAAUUAGGGACGUAUUUGCAUAAUUGGUAUCUGUUAGAUGUUCCACCUGCCACAAGCUA